AUGUCAGCCCCGCCGUUCAAGGUCAAGGCCGUCUACGAGUACGCAAGCCCGCACGAAGACGACCUCCCCUUCCCCGAAGGCCAGAUCAUCACCGUCGUAGCUCUGGAAGACCAAGACUGGUACGAGGGAGAGUACACCGACGCCUCUGGCGGCAAGCACUCGGGUCUGUUCCCCAAGAACUUUGUCGAGCGCUACGAGCCCGAGAUCCCUUCACGACCCCAAAGACGUCCCGUUUCCGAGAUCCGCCCUCCACCGCCGCAGCCUGCUGUGNNCCCGAACCUGCGCCCGGUGCCUUCCCCGAGGAAGCAGAAGACGAUGACGACGACGACGACGACAGCUUUGCCGAGCCGCCGCCUGUCCCUGCUCAAUCCAAGUCGAUCAUCGAGCCCGAAGCUGCUCCCGUCCCGCUCCCACCUCGCAAUCUCUCCCCUCCUCCAUCCNGUGAGACAGACCGCUCCUCCUCCGCCAGCUCAAGAAUCUGUCAGAUCGCCACCUCCUCAGGUAGAGCAACCGGCUGCUCGCGAAACAAUCAAGUCUCCUCCACCUGCACCCAAGCCAGCUCCCUCGGAACCGAUCAAGUCGGAGCCUGUCAAGGCCGAGCCCUCUAAGAAAGAGCCCCCGCCUGUGAGCAGCAAGCCCAGCUCGUUCAGAGACCGCAUCGCCGCCUUCAACAAUGCAGGAGCAGCACCCGUCGCUCCCUUCAAGCCUGCCGCUCCCACUUUCAUCAAGAAGCCAUUCGUCGCUCCUCCACCAAGCAAGAACGCAUACAUUCCCCCUCCCAAGGCCGAGCCGGUGCAGAAAGUCUACCGCAGAGAAGAGGACCCAGACAUCCAGAAAGAGCAAGCCCAGGCAGAUGAGAAUGCCGCAAAGGCCGGUCUCUUGCCUUCUGAUCAUCCACAAUCGCCCACGGGUGACGAGGAUGAGGAUCAACCUAAGCCUCAGAGUUUGAAGGAGAGAAUCGCCAUGUUGCAAAAACAGCAGAUGGAGCAAGCAGCACGAAGGGCUGAUGUUAGCNNGAGAAGCCCAAGCCCAAGAAGCCCGUCAAGAAGAACACGGACGAGUCGACAGAGUCUNGCUGCUCCUCCACCAGUUCCUCAUGCACCGGUUGCGGCCGCCGAAGAGGAGGAAUACGCAGCCGAAGCCGAACCAGCAGAACGGCAUGUUCGCCAGUCGCUGGACCAGCCUCGCGAACGCGAGCGCACUCGUGGCGCUUCUGCUCGUGGGAUGUCUCGCGAGCCAGCGUUGCCUGCCGCCGGCCACGAGAGUUUCAGCGAUGCGAACGACGCCGACAUGUCAGGAGCUGGAGAUAUCACAGAGGAAAACGACGCAGACAGCGACUCUACCCAGCCCGCCAGAAGGUCGAUGCAAUCCCAACGGGCUCCGGCAGCUCCGGUCCACGAAGCAGACGUCGGUGACGAGCAAGACACAGCCGAGGACGACGAGAGCGAAGAGGACGAGAUGGAUGCAGAGACACGCCGUCGCAUGGAGCUGAGAGAGCGCAUGGCCAAGAUGAGUGGUGGUAUGGGCAUGGCGGGCAUGUUUGGAGCGCCUGCUGGAAUGCCCGGCAUGAUGGCACCCGCCCCUCCAAAGACAAAGAAGAGCAAGGAGACCAAGCCUGAGCACGACGAGGCCCCCGCUCCUGCUCAAGCACCUCGCAUUCCCGUCAUGCCCAUUCCCGGCAUGCAGACAGUGCGUAGUCCAGAGGUUGAAGACAGGCAGCUUGCCGUUGAAAUGGAGCCUGAGUACGACACUUCGGUCACCAGCGAGAGGGGGCCUUUGACUGUGCCGGAUGUUGAAGACAUUAAGCCUCAGCCACCACCACAUAUCGAGUCCGUUCACCGCCUACCUCCAGUGCCACAGGAAGCGACAAACGAGCGCGCUAUUCCUCCGCCGGUGCCUGCGUCUCGUCCUGUACCAGCUCCACCAGCACAUGAGACCCGCCCUGUACCUCCGCCACCACCUCCGGUAGAUACGCAGAUGGAUCCGACCGAGGGCGAAGAGUCGGACGACGAGCGUUCUCUGGCUCCCACGAGACAAUCAACAGACAUGUCUCGAGGUGUCCCUCCUCCCAUUCCCAGACCAGAGGCUAACCGCUCGCCAUCCAUGGGCUCUACAAAGCGGGCUUCGACCUUUGGCAGCAUAGACGCCAUGUCGCCCACCUCCCCUGCUACUCCCUCGUCGGAGAGAAGACAGAGUCGCAUUCCUCCAAUCCCUGGCACUCUGUCAUCUCCUCCUCAAGCCCGUGCUCCACCUCCGCCUCCACCAACUGGUGCUCCUCAGCUUCCUCCAAUCAUUCCAAGCGCUCCUCUGGGCGAGCCCGAUCGAGGUGAAAGCGACUACGAAGGAGAUUAUGACACUGACAUUGCAUCCGGUGUCAACCACAAGGACGCCCUGAGAUCGCAUGGUAGGGAUUCGAGCCUCGAUGAGGUAGACGUACCCGCCCCAGCUCUGGCUCCCGCGCCUCGAGCUGUUCCUCCUCCACCUCCUUCUCAACCUCCGCCAUCCAGAGCUUCCAUUGAUGCUCCUCGUGUCGCCCCUCCGCCUGUUCCCAUGCAUGCGCCAACUCAAUAUGAACGAUACGAGGGUGACGAGGACCACCAUCAAGAACCUCCUCGUGCUCUUCCGAUCCGUGCUGUGCCACCACCCCCUCCCACAGUACCAGCACCAAUUCCUGUCCAGCAGGAUUAUGUGGAUGAUAGCUCGGACGACUUGUACGAUGCACCACCUCCUCGUCAAUCCAUGGAUCGCCCGCCUCCGCCACCACCGGUCGAUCAGGACCGUGCUGCCCCAUUGCCUCCAUCUCAACCACCACCACCUGCUCGUUCGGCAACUCAUCAAUCUCGCCAAUCACUUGAUGUUAGUCGUCCUUCAAUGAACAUGCGUCGCAGCAUGGAUGUCGCAAGACCUCCUCAGGACGGCCACAUUGCUACCGAUGUCGACCUGGCAGAAAAUACCCUCUGGUGGGCGCAACCCAACACGCUGCCCCCAGCCUUCCAAAAUCGCAGCGACGUCCUGUUCGAAGUCGAAGAGAGCGUAACUCAGCGCCGUGGCGGCAGAACGGCAAUCACCAAAGACGUUUACGUGCUCUUCCUCGACUACAGCCAGACCGUCAUCACCGCGCGCUACGACGGCCAAAACGCUGAAGACGUGAGCUUCGAACAGAGACACGAACCGCCUCCUCCACGCCUCCGCCAAGAUCAGCUCGAAACCGCGUGGCAGAAGUACGGCACGCACAUCGCCAAAGCCGCAGACGCGAAGAAAGACCAUGUGGUCGGCGACGGCAGCCCCAACGCUUUGGUCCUCGAUCUUCUGGCCCCCUUGACCACGGCACUCAAACCCGUGGGCACGAGAGCCUACGGCGCACUCGUGUACGCCAAUCUCGCCAACGCAUCCGUGCAGCAAUUCGACGAGAUUCGACCGGGCGACAUUAUCACUCUCCGCAACGCCAAGCUGCAAGGCAAACACGGGGCCAUGCACAAAUCGUAUUCUGUAGACGUGGGCAUGGGCGCCGGACACGUUGCCGUGGUCGUGGAUUGGGAUGGCACGAAGAAAAAGGUUCGAGCCUGGGAGCAAGGGCGAGAGAAGCCCAAGACCAAGAUGGAGAGUUUCCGUCUUGGGGACCUUAGAAGUGGUGAGGUUAGGGUGUGGAGAGUUGUUGGGAGGGAGUGGGUGGGCUGGGAUUCGUGA